AUGGCUGACAGCAUCCCGUUAAAUCCGGUGAGAAAGAACUCGAGGAGAAUUCCGUAUUACAACUCCGCCAGACUUUCCAGGUUCUCCUUUGAAGAUGACCCGUCCAACCUGGAUGAGAUGCCUCUGAUGAUGUCUGAGGAGGGGUUUGAAAACGAUGAGAGCGAUUACCAGACUCUGCCGCGGGCCCGGGCCAACCAGCGGCGCCGGGGCCUGGCCUGGUUCCUGUUUGGGGGCUGGAAGGUCCUCUGUGGCAGCUGCUGCGACUGUCUGGCUCGAUGCUGCAGGAGAAAGAAGGAGCUGAAGGCGAGGACCGUGUGGCUCGGAUGUCCCGAGAAAUGUGAAGAGAAAUACCCCAAAAACGGCAUCAAGAACCAGAAGUACAACAUCAUCACGUUUGUGCCUGGGGUCCUGUAUCAACAGUUCAAGUUCUUCCUCAACCUCUACUUUCUCAUCGUGGCCUGUUCCCAGUUUGUGCCGUCGCUGAAGAUCGGCUUUUUGUACACGUACUGGGCGCCGCUGGGUUUUGUGCUGGCGGUGACGAUGGUCCGAGAGGCCGUGGAUGAAGUGCGGCGAUAUCGAAGAGACAAAGAGAUGAACUCUCAGCUCUACAGCAAACUCACCGUCAGAGCCCUCACCGCCCUCACCCGCCCUCACCGCCCUCACCUCACUCACCGCCCUCACCGCCCUCACCUCACUCACCGCCCUCACCUCACUCACCGCCCUCACCGCCCUCACCGCCCUCACCUCACUCACCGCCCUCACCUCACUCACGCCCUCACCUCACUCACCGCCCUCACCGCCCUCACCGCCUCACCUCACUCACCGCUCUCACCGCCCUCACCUCACUCACCGCUCUCACCGCCCUCACCGCCCUCACCGCCCUCACCUCACUCACCGCCCUCUCACCUCACUCACCGCCCUCACCGCCCUCACCGCCCUCACCUCACUCACCGCCCUCACCUCACUCACCUCACUCACCGCCCUCACCGCCCUCACCGCCCUCACCGCCCUCACCGCCCUCACCGCCCUCACCUCACUCACCGCUCUCACCGCCCUCACCGCCCUCACCUCACUCACCGCCCUCACCGCCCUCACCUCACUCACCGCCCUCACCUCACUCACCGCCCUCACCGCUCUCACCGCCCUCACCGCCCUCACCUCAUCACCUCACUCACCGCCCUCACCGCCCUCACCGCCCUCACCGCCCUCACCUCACUCACCGCCCUCACCUCACUCACCGCCCUCACCGCUCUCACCGCCCUCACCGCCCUCACCGCCCUCACCGCCCUCACCUCACUCACCGCCCUCACCGCCCUCACCGCCCUCACCUCACUCACCGCCCUCACCUCACUCACCUCACUCACCGCCCUCACCGCCCUCACCUCACUCACCGCCUCACCGCCCUCACCUCACUCACCGCCCUCACCGCCCUCACCGCCUCACGCCUCACCGCCCUCACCGCCCUCACCUCACUCACCGCCCUCACCGCACUCACCGCCCUCACCGCCCUCACCUCACUCACCUCUCACCGCCCUCACCGCACUCACCGCCCUCACCGCCCUCACCGCACUCACCGCCUCACCGCCCUCACCUCACUCACCGCCCUCACCUCACUCACCGCCCUCACCGCCUCACCGCCCUCACCGCCCUCACCGCCUCACCGCCCUCACCGCCCUCACCGCCCUCACCUCACUCACCGCCCUCACCGCCCUCACCUCCCUCACCUCACUCACCGCCCUCACCGCCCUCACCGCUCUCACCGCCCUCACCUCACUCACCCACUCACCGCCCUCACCUCACCCUCACCUCACUCACCGCCCUCACCUCACCCCUCACCGCCCUCACCGCCCUCACCGCCCUCACCGCCCUCACCUCACUCACCGCCCUCACCCACCGCCUCUCACCGCCCUCACCUCACUCACCGCCUCACCGCACUCACGCCCUCACCGCCCUCACCGCCCUCACCUCACUCACCGCCCUCACCGCACUCACCGCCCUCACCGCACUCACCGCCUCACCCCCUCACCGCCCUCACCGCCCUCACCUCCCUCACCCACUCACCGCCCUCACCUCACUCACCGCUCUCACCGCCCUCACACCGCCCUCACCGCCCUCACCGCCCUCACCGCCCUCACCUCACUCACCGCCCUCACCUCACUCACCGCCCUCACCGCCCUCACCGCCCUCACCUCACUCACCGCCCUCACCGCCCUCACCUCACUCACCGCACUCACCGCCCUCACCGCCCUCACCUCACUCACCGCCCUCACCGCCCUCACCGCCCUCACCGCCCUCACCGCACUCACCGCCCUCACCGCCCUCACCGCCCUCACCGCCCUCACCGCCCUCACCGCCCUCACCGCCCUCACCGCCCUCACCGCCCUCACCGCCCUCACCGCCCUCACCUCACUCACCGCCCUCACCUCACUCACCGCCCUCACCGCCCUCACCGCCCUCACCUCACUCACCGCCCUCACCGCCCCCGCCCUCACCUCACUCCGCCCUCACCUCACUCACCGCCCUCACCUCAUCACGCACUCACCGCCCUCACCUCACUCACCGCCCUCACCGCCCUCACCGCCCUCACCGCCCUCACCCACUCACCGCUCACUCCCUCACCGCCCUCACCGCCCUCACCGCCCUCACCGCCCUCACCUCACUCACCGCCCUCACCUCACUCACCGCCCUCACCUCACUCACCGCCCUCACCGCCCUCACCGCCCUCACCCUCUCACCGCCCUCACCGCACUCACCUCACUCACCGCCCUCACCUCACUCACCGCCCUCACCGCCCUCACCGCCCUCACCGCCCUCACCGCCCUCACCUCACUCACCGCCCUCACCUCACUCACCGCCCUCACCGCCCUCACCGCACUCACCGCCCUCACCGCCCUCACCGCCCUCACCUCACUCACCGCCCUCACCUCACUCACCGCCCUCACCUCACUCACCGCCCUCACCGCCCUCACCUCACUCACCGCCCUCACCGCCCUCACCGCCCUCACCGCCCUCACCGCCACUCACCGCCCUCACCGCCACUCACCGCCCUCACCGCCCUCACCGCCCUCACCGCCCUCACCGCCCUCACCGCACUCACCGCCCUCACCGCCCUCACCGCCCUCACCGCCCACUCACCGCCCUCACCGCCCUCACGCCCUCACCGCCUCACUCACUCACACGCCCUCACGCCACACGCCCUCACCGCCCUCACCGCCCUCACCGCCCUCACCGCCCCACCGCCUCACCGCACUCACCGCCCUCACUCACUCACCGCCCUCACCGCCCUCACCUCACUCACCGCCCUCACCUCACUCACCGCCCUCACCCUACUCACCGCCCUCACCGCCUCACCUCACCGCCCUCACCCCACCCACUCACCGCCCUCACCGCCCUCACCGCCCUCACCGCACUCACCGCCCUCACCGCCCUCACCCCACUCACCGCCUCACUCACCGCCCUCACCUCACUCACCGCCCUCUCACCUCCCUCACCGCCCUCACCGCCCUCACCGCACUCACCGCCCUCACCUCACUCACCGCCCUCACCGCCCUCACCUCACCGCACCUCACCACCUCACUCACCUCUCACCUCACCGCCCUCACCGCCCUCACUCACCGCACCUCACUCACCGCCCUCACCGCCCUCACCUCACCACGCACUCACCUCCUCACCGCCCUCACCUCACUCACCGCCACUCACCGCCCUCACCGCCCUCACCUCACUCACCGCCCUCACCCACCUCACCACCGCCCUCACCUCACUCACCGCCUCACCGCCCUCACCUCACUCACCGCCCUCACUCCGCCCUCACCGCCCUCACCUCACUCACCGCCCUCACCUCCCUCACCGCACUCACCGCCCUCACCUCACUCACCGCCCUCACCUCACUCACCGCACUCACCGCCCUCACCUCACUCACCGCCUCACCGCCCUCACCUCACUCACCGCCCUCACCGCCCUCACCUCACUCACCGCCACUCACCUCACUCACCGCCCUCACCGCCCUCACCUCACUCACCGCUCUCACCGCCCUCACCUCACUCACUCACCACCGCACCACCUCACUCACCGCCCUCACCGCCCUCACCGCCCUCACCGCCCUCACCGCACUCACCUCACUCACCGCCCUCACCGCCCUCACCGCCCUCACCGCCCUCACCUCACUCACUCACCGCCCUCACCUCACUCACCGCCCUCACCGCCCUCACCUCACUCACCGCCCUCACCGCCCUCACCGCCCUCACCGCCCUCACCGCCCUCACCGCCCUCACCGCCCUCACCGCCCUCACCGCCCUCACCGCCCUCACCUCACUCACCGCCCUCACCGCCCUCACCGCCCUCACCGCCCUCACCGCACUCACCGCCCUCACCGCCCUCACCUCACUCACCGCCCUCACCUCACUCACCUCACUCACCGCCCUCACCUCACUCACCUCACUCACCGCCCUCACCGCCCUCACCUCACUCACCGCCCUCACCGCCCUCACCUCACUCACCGCACUCACCGCACUCACCUCACUCACCGCCCUCACCGCCCUCACCUCACUCACCGCCCUCACCGCCCUCACCGCCCUCACCGCCCUCACCGCACUCACCGCCCUCACCGCCCUCACCUCACUCACCGCCCUCACCGCCCUCACCUCACUCACCGCCCUCACCGCCCUCACCUCACUCACCGCACUCACCGCCCUCACCGCCCUCACCGCCCUCACCGCCCUCACCGCCCUCACCUCACUCACCGCCCUCACCGCCCUCACCUCACUCACCGCUCUCACCGCCCUCACCUCACUCACCGCCCUCACCUCACUCACCGCCCUCACCGCCCUCACCGCCCUCACCUCACUCACCGCACUCACCGCCCUCACCGCCCUCACCGCCCUCACCGCCCUCACCGCCCUUACCUCACUCACCGCCCUCACCGCCCUCACCUCACUCACCUCACUCACCGCCCUCACCUCACUCACCGCCCUCACCUCACUCACCGCCCUCACCGCCCUCACCUCACUCACCGCCCUCACCUCACUCACCGCCCUCACCUCACUCACCGCUCUCACCUCACUCACCGCCCUCACCGCACUCACCUCACUCACCGCCCUCACCUCACUCACCGCACUCACCGCCCUCACCUCACUCACCGCCCUCACCUCACUCACCGCCCUCACCGCCCUCACCUCACUCACCGCUCUCACCGCCCUCACCUCACUCACCUCACUCACCUCACUCACCGCCCUCACCUCACUCACCUCACUCACCGCCCUCACAGCCCUCACCUCACUCACCGCCCUCACCUCACUCACCGCCCUCACCGCCCUCACCGCCCUCACCGCCCUCACCGCACUCACCUCACUCACCGCCCUCACCGCCCUCACCUCACUCACCGCCCUCACCUCACUCACCGCCCUCACCUCACUCACCGCCCUCACCUCACUCACCGCCCUCACCGCCCUCACCUCACUCACCGCCCUCACCGCCCUCACCGCCCUCACCGCCCUCACCUCACUCACCGCCCUCACCGCCCUCACCGCCCUCACCGCCCUCACCGCACUCACCGCCCUCACCGCCCUCACCUCACUCACCGCCCUCACCUCACUCACCUCACUCACCGCCCUCACCUCACUCACCUCACUCACCGCCCUCACCGCCCUCACCGCCCUCACCUCACUCACCGCCCUCACCGCCCUCACCGCCCUCACCUCACUCACCGCCCUCACCGCCCUCACCUCACUCACCGCCCUCACCGCCCUCACCUCACUCACCGCCCUCACCGCCCUCACCGCCCUCACCGCCCUCACCGCCCUCACCUCACUCACCGCCCUCACCGCCCUCACCUCACUCACCGCUCUCACCGCCCUCACCUCACUCACCGCCCUCACCUCACUCACCGCCCUCACCGCCCUCACCGCCCUCACCUCACUCACCGCACUCACCGCCCUCACCGCCCUCACCGCCCUCACCGCCCUCACCGCCCUUACCUCACUCACCGCCCUCACCGCCCUCACCUCACUCACCUCACUCACCGCCCUCACCGCCCUCACCUCACUCACCGCCCUCACCUCACUCACCGCCCUCACCGCCCUCACCUCACUCACCGCCCUCACCUCACUCACCGCCCCUCACCUCACCGCUCUCACCGCCCUCACCGCCCUCACCUCCCUCACCGCCCUCACCUCACUCACCUCACUCACCGCCCUCCCUCACCGCCCUCACCGCACUCACCUCACUCACCUCACUCACCGCACUCACCGCCCUCACCUCACUCACCGCCCUCACCGCCCUCACCUCACUCACCGCCCUCACCUCACUCACCUCACUCACCGCUCUCACCGCCCUCACCGCCCUCACCUCACUCACCUCACUCACCGCACUCACCGCCCUCACCGCCCUCACCUCACUCACCGCCCUCACCGCACUCACCGCCCUCACCUCACUCACCGCACUCACCGCACUCACCGCCCUCACCGCCCUCACCUCACUCACCGCCCUCACCGCCCUCACCUCACUCACCUCACUCACCGCCCUCACCGCCCUCACCUCACUCACCGCUCUCACCGCCCUCACCUCACUCACCGCCCUCACCGCCCUCACCGCCCUCUACCGCCCUCACCUCACUCACCGCCCUCACCGCCCUCACCGCCCUCACCGCCCUCACCGCCCUCACCGCCCUCACCGCUCUCACCGCCCUCACCGCCCUCACCUCACUCACCUCACUCACCGCUCUCACCUCACUCACCUCACUCACCGCUCUCACCGCCCUCACCGCCCUCACCGCCCUCACCUCACUCACCGCCCUCACCGCCCUCACCGCUCUCACCGCCCUCACCUCACUCACCUCACUCACCGCUCUCACCGCCCUCACCGCCCUCACCUCACUCACCGCCCUCACCGCCCUCACCGCUCUCACCGCCCUCACCGCCCUCACCUCACUCACCGCCCUCACCUCACUCACCUCCUCACACUCACCGCUCUCACCGCUCUCACCGCCCUCACCGCCCUCACCGCCCUCACCGCCCUCACCGCCCUCACCGCCCUCACCGCCUCACCCCUCACCGCCCUCACCGCCCUCACCUCACUCUCACCGCCCUCACCGCCCUCACCUCACUCACCGCCCUCACCUCACUCACCUCACUCACCGCCCUCACCUCACUCACCUCACUCACCGCCCUCACCUCACUCACCUCACUCACCGCCCUCACCGCCCUCACCUCACUCACCGCCCUCACCUCACUCACCGCCCUCACCUCACUCACCGCCCUCACCUCACUCACCGCCCUCACCGCCCUCACCGCCCUCACCGCCCUCACCGCCCUCACCGCCCUCACCGCCCUCACCACCCUCACCUCACUCACCGCACUCACCGCCCUCACCGCCCUCACCGCCCUCACCGCCCUCACCGCCCUCACCGCCCUCACCUCACUCACCUCACUCACCGCCCUCACCUCACUCACCUCACUCACCGCUCUCACCGCCCUCACCGCCCUCACCGCCCUCACCUCACUCACCGCCCUCACCGCCCUCACCGCUCUCACCGCCCUCACCGCCCUCACCUCACUCACCUCACUCACCGCUCUCACCGCCCUCACCGCACUCACCUCACUCACCGCCCUCACCGCCCUCACCUCACUCACCGCUCUCACCGCCCUCACCGCUCUCACCGCCCUCACCAAGCCCCUCACCGCCCUCACCCGCCCUCACCUCACUCACCGCCCUCACCUCACUCACCGCCCUCACCGCCCUCACCGCCCUCACCGCUCUCACCGCCCUCACCGCACUCACCGCACUCACCUCACUCACCGCCCUCACCGCCCUCACCGCUCUCACCGCCCUCACCGCACUCACCUCACUCACCUCACUCACCUCACUCACCUCACUCACCGCCCUCACCUCACUCACCGCACUCACCUCACUCACCGCCCUCACCUCACUCACCGCCCUCACCGCCCUCACCUCACUCACCCACCGCCCUCACCGCCCUCACCUCACUCACCGCCCUCACCGCCCUCACCUCACUCACCGCCCUCACCGCCCUCACCGCCCUCACCGCCCUCACCGCCCUCACCUCACUCACCGCACUCACCUCACUCACCGCCCUCACCUCACUCACCGCCCUCACCGCCCUCACCGCCCUCACCGCCCUCACCGCCCUCACCUCACUCACCGCCCUCACCGCCCUCACCCGCCCUCACCUCACUCACCGCCCUCACCUCACUCACCGCCCUCACCGCCCUCACCGCCCUCACCGCCCUCACCGCCCUCACCGCCCUCACCGCCCUCACCUCACUCACCGCCCUCACCGCCCUCACCUCACUCACCGCCCUCACCGCCCUCACCGCCCUCACCUCACUCACCGCCCUCACCGCCCUCACCGCCCUCACCUCACUCACUGCCCUCACCUCACUCACCGCCCUCACCUCACUCACCGCCCUCACCGCACUCACUCACUCACCGCCCUCACCGCCCUCACCGCCCUCACCGCCCUCACCGCCCUCACCGCCCUCACCGCCCUCACCGCCCUCACCGCCCUCACCGCCCUCACCUCACUCACCGCCCUCACCUCACCUCACCCCCUCACCUCACUCACCGCCCUCACCGCCUCACCGCCCUCACUCCCCGCACUCCCGCACUCCCUCACCGCCCUCACUCCCCUCACUCCUCACUCCCUCACCCCUCACCGCCCUCACUCCCCUCACCGCCCCUCACUCCCCGCACUCCCCUCACUCCCCGCCCUCACCCCCGCACUCCCCCACUCACCUCACUCCCUCACCCCUCACUCACUCACCUCACUCCACCGCUCUCACCGCCCUCACCGCCCUCACUCACUCACCGCCCUCACGCCUCACCGCCACUCACCGCCCUCACCUCACUCACCGCCCUCACCGCACUCACCUCCCACACAGCCUCACUCACUCGCCGCUCACCUCACUCACGCCCUCACCGCCCUCACCUCACUCACCGCCGCAACUCACUCACCGCUCUCACCGCCCUCACCGCCUCACCUCACUCACCUCACCACCCUCACUCACCUCACUCCACCGCCCUCACUCAACUCACCGCCCUCACCGCUUCACCGCCCUCACCGCCCUCACCUCACUCACCGCCCUCACACCUCACUCACCGCACUCACCGCCUCACCUCACUCACCUCAAACACCUCACUCCACGCCCCUCACCUCCACUCACCGCACUCACCGCCCUCACCUCACUCACCGCCCUCACCUCAUCACCUCACUCACCGCCCUAA